CUCUCGCUGCGGUCAGCGAUGAAAUCUUCCAGAGAGAGGGGAGAGGGGAAAAGAGAGGAGAAGAAGAGAAAAAUACUCAGCUUGCAGCAGGGGGGGGGGAAUCCCUGGAGUGCAGAGGACAUCUCUUUCACCUCAACUUCAAGUGCUGCUGAUCUGUUCAUCUGUGGAAACAAUCAGCGUCAUCUCCAGUAGAAGAAGAAGAAGAAGAAGAAGAAGAAAAAGAUCCUUUUACUCCAGUAAAGACUUUUCCCGUUCGGACCCCGGAGAUGUUUCCCUCCGUCCUGGUCCUGGUUCUGGUCCUGGCUUCUCCGGCCCUCAUGACCCCGUCAGCUCCGGCCCUCUUGACCCCGUCGGCCUCCCGCCAGUUACAGGUCAGGGGUCAAAGGGCGCCCAGGGACACCAGGCAGGACUCCAUCAAGGUGGUUAUCUCAGAAGGCUGUGUCACUCAGGGGGAGUCGUCCGAUGUCACCCGGGGAGGUAAAGAGAUCGACCUGACCCCCGGCUCCCCUCUGAUCCUGACCCAUAAGAUCAAACUGGUCCCGUCGGGUUCAGGGUCCGGGUCUUGUGGUUGCGAGGCGGACUUCGCCGCCCUGCGUGAGCGCCUAGAGAGGCUGGAGAGGGAGGUGUCGUCCCUCAGGGAGAAGUGUGGCGGAGCUGAGGGAGGCUGCUGCACCUCCAAGGAGAGCAAAGGUGCCGGCUGCUCCAUCAAGCCAGAGACGGACGAGUGUCCCAACGAGUGCAGCGACCAGGGACGCUGCGUGGACGGAAAGUGCGUCUGCUUCUCCGGUUUCAGCGGACCCGACUGCAGCCGGUCCAACUGUCCCGGGAACUGCAACGACAGGGGACGCUGCGUGGACGGACGGUGUCUGUGCGACCCCGGCUCCACCGGUUCCGACUGCUCCCGGGGAGGCUGCCCCGACGGCUGCAGCAACCGCGGCAGGUGCGUGGACGGCAAAUGCGUGUGCCACAGCGGCUUCGCCGGGGCGGACUGCUCCGAGACCGCCUGUCCCGGCAACUGCAACAGCAGGGGGCGCUGUGUCGACGGAGAGUGUGUUUGCGACGAUGGAUUCACCGGACCGGAUUGCUCUGAAAGAAUUUGCCCAAAUGACUGCUGGGACCGCGGCAGGUGCGUGGACGGCAAAUGCGUGUGCCACAGCGGCUUCACCGGGGCGGACUGCUCCGAGACCACUUGUCCUGGCAACUGCAACAGCAGGGGGCGCUGUGUUAACGGACAGUGCGUGUGCCAACCUGGGUUCACCGGGCCGGACUGCUCAAAGAAGAAGUCGUGUCCAGAUGACUGCAACAACCACGGGAAGUGCGUGAACGGCAAAUGCGUGUGCCACAGCGGCUUCACCGGGGCGGACUGCUCCGAGACCGCCUGUCCUGGAAACUGCAACAGCAGGGGGCGCUGUGUCGAAGGACGGUGUGUGUGCGACGGUGGAUUCACCGGACCGGAUUGCGCCGACAAAGCUUGUCCCAACAGCUGCGGCGACCGGGGGAAGUGCGUGGACGGGGUGUGCGUUUGCGACGUGGGCUUCGCCGGGCCGGACUGCGCCGCCAAAGGUUGCCCCGGUAACUGCAACAACAAGGGGCGGUGCGUCAAAGGGCGGUGCGUCUGCCGGCGGGGGUUCACCGGAGCGGACUGCAGCCAGUGUGAGGACGGCGUGACCGGGCCCGACUGUGACACCGCCAUGUUGGGGGUUUCCGAGCUGAGCACCAGAGACAUCACAGAGUCCUCCGUCACGCUGCUCUGGACUCCGCCUCCCGUCCAGUACGACACCUACUACAUCACCUUCACCAGUCAGAAGGAGAGGGACCAGCAGACACGCGUGCAGGUGGAGGGCGGCCUGACCCGCUACACCCAGACGGGCCUGGCAGCCGGUCAGGAUUACACCGCCAGCGUCACCGGGGAGGUCGGCGGCAAGAGGGGCGCCGAGACCUCCGCCGAGUUCAGCACCCUCAUCUCUGGUCCCACCAACCUUCGAGUCGUCAAGACGACCUCGACGUCCGCGGUGGUCCAAUGGGAGCCGUCCCAGGGUGAGAUCGACCGGUACCGUUUGACCGUCGCGCCCAAGACGGACCAGGGGAGACAGGAGAUGACGGUGCCGGCCGGCCGAGACUCCGCCCACAUCCAGCAGCUGGUGGCGGGGCGUGUGUACGACAUCGCCCUGGUGGCGGAGAAGGGCGCGAGUCAGAGCGAACCGGCAACCACUCGGGCUACUCCAGGCCCGGAGCCUCCGACCGACAUCGCCUUCAGCGCGGUGACGGACAACUCUCUGACGGUGUCGUGGACCAAACCCAAGACCCCCAUCAGUGGUUUUAAGGUCACCUACACCCACGCAGACGAAGGUGAGCCGGUGUCGGUGACCGUGGACUCGGGCGACUCCACCCUCGGCCUAUCACAGCUCUCGCCUGGUUCUUCCUACGAGGUCAGCAUCAUCUCCAUCCUCGGAUUGGACGAGAGUGAUCCAAUCAAAGACUCUGUUAUGACGCUCCCCGACCCCCCUACAGACCUCCGGGCCGUGAACGUCUCAGACACCAAGGCCUUGUUGCUGUGGCGACCGGCGCUGGCCGCCGUCGACAGAUACGCCAUCGUCUACGGCUCCGGGACAGACGCGGAGCUGAGGAUCACGGUGUCGGGGAACGCGGCGGAGCAGCAGCUCGGCGGCCUGGACGGCUCCACCAGCUACACCGUCACCAUCAGCAGCCUGCUGGGAGGCAGCGAGAGCCCAGGGGCCUCCACCAGCUUCACCACCACCGGGGGCUCUGGGAGGGGGGGGGGCGGCCCCACUGACCUCCAGGCCAACAACGUGACCCCCCGCACCGCUCUGUUGUCAUGGAAACCACCUUUAACCCCGGCGGGCGGCUACAGACUGACCUAUCGGAGCGAAGGUCAAGGACCGAAGGAAGUGAUCGUGGACGCCUCGGUAACCGAGUACAAGCUGACCCGACUCCAGCCCGGGUCCAAGUACGCGGUGCAGCUGCAGGCGGGGGCGGGGGGGCGCUACACGGCGCCUAUCUCCACCCACUUCACCACCGGCACCCUGAGGUUCCCCUUCCCCUCUGAUUGCUCCCAGGAGCUGCUGAACGGCAUCAGGACCUCCGGCGAGGUGGAGAUCUUCCCUCAGGGAAAACUCGGGACGCCGAUGAUGGUUUACUGCGACAUGGAGACGGACGGAGGAGGCUGGACGGUCUUCCAGAGGAGGACGGACGGCUCGGUGGACUUCUUCAGAGGGUGGAAGGACUACACUAAAGGAUUUGGUAGUCUGAGUGGAGAGUUCUGGCUCGGUCGGAAAACCCUUGUAAAACCCUGACGGCGAAAACCCCCUAAAUUUGGGGGGGCCCUGCGGGAAAAAGGGGGGAGGGGGGUUUUCCCCAAAGUACCCACCUUCAAAGUGAUGAAGAGGAACUAAAAACCCUGAGCGGGGGGGGGUUUUACAGGGGGCAACCCCCCAGGG